GUGAAGUAAACUCUUCUCCAUCUCAACGGUGAAAUGAUCACUACCCUCAGCAACCUCUCCUGGUUGGCUCACAGUAAUCUGGAUAACAUGACCCCAGCUACCAGAGUAACCCUAAUAAUCCUCACCUCACUUCUCAUACUACUGGGACUGGCAGGAAACUGUUUCGUGCUGCUUGCCUCUCUCAAGUAUCGUGCUAUAGAUAUAGACAGAAUCUCUAUCUUGCUGAUAGAAAACUUAGCAGCAGCUGACUUCCUUAUAAUUAUAAUAGAGUUCGUGCCCCUGUUAGUGACACUCAUCGCAAAUGAUUGGGUACUAGGAGAUAUCAUCUGUAGUGUCCAGUCCUACGGUAAGUUCUUACCGUUUGUGGCUGAAACGUUGCUGAUAAUGGCGAUGGCUUGCUAUAGAGCACACGUGGUUCUGCAUCCACCACUUGUACCAAUAAGAGUGGUGUGGUUUUACAUUGUGGUGGUUGUAGCCUGGCUGGUACCCGCACUAAAUUGUCUUGUCAUUCAAGUCAACAAACCAACAGCUCAUUUCAGUCCACCGCAACUUACUUGUACUAUAUCAGAUGUAGCUGACACGGAACUUGACAUCUGGUUCGUAGUGUGGGGUGGAGCGACUGCUGCUCUACCAAUGAUAGUCACAAUUACAGCUAACAUUAUCCUACUUGUCAAAGUUUUUUAUAUCACAAGAAGUAUGGGAGAGGCUCUACCAAACAGAGGAGCUAUAGUAACGAUCCUGUGGGUGGGUCUAGCUUUUAUCCUGUCCUGGGCCCCCACCCUCGCUAUCUGGACAGUUGAAGCUCUACACCUGGAAGUUGUCCCUGUGUGGGGUGUGUUGUUUUCUCGGUACUGUCUUACUAUUAACGUGGUCAGCAACCCUGUUAUCUACGUGCUUAGUAAUAGGAGGUUCAAGCUGUUUGUUAUUCAAAUUUGGACGGAGCGUGCCCUUAGCUAA